UCUUUUUUCUGCAAGACCAGUGAACGUGUCUCAAAGAGUUCCGCGUAGUUUACAGUUACUCACUCAUUUUAGCAGCCAACAAAACUAACAGCAACUUUUAGAGAACUCAAAACGCCCUGAGGACCAGUAUAUGUGAAUCUCACAGGUUACUUGAAGACAUCUUGAAGCUCAGCUGAACAGCCUUCUUCACAAAAAUGGCCAACUAUUUAAUGGAUCUGAGCGAAGAAAAGCAGAGGAUUGCAGAAGAAGCAAGAAAGGCUACCUCUGAGAUAAUACAGGAUGCUAUUGAUAAAGAGUGUUACGGCCUCCCAGUCACCUUCCAUAUGACUAAUUGUCCAGAACCAUUCGAGUCCCACACGUUCUGCUGCAUUCCCACCAAGGAAUUUCUGCAGAAUCUUCUAGCCAAGCUCAGUGAAGCACGUUUCAUAGAGGACACAGACCCUGCAGAGAGUGAAACCUUUGCUUAUGUCACUCCACAGGAUAACGAUGGCAUUAUUUAUUUGUGUGAAGCGUUCUGGGAGGCAGGAGACACACUGUGUGAAGAUUCAAAGCCUGGAACACUAAUCCAUGAAGUUUCGCAUCUGUUGGGUACAGAGGACAUCUUUUAUGAACACAUGACUUUAGAGUUCUAUGAAAACUAUGGAACUCUGCUGGGCAAGUCACAAUUUUGCAUACAUGUUAAUGGAAAGGAAUUUAACGAGGAAGUGUUUCAGGUGAAUGCCAACAGCCUAGAGCAUGAGUUUGAGACCAUCAUCAACCAUGAGGGAGCAUACUCUGAUGGUAAAUACCAGUGCUGUGGAGAAACCAAGAAAUACUCUGUUUGCACACAUCGCUUUAGAGGCCAUUACUAUCUGCAUGAAAGACUUUCCGCCGAAAAAGAUCUGAUGGAGCGCAAGCUGGCAAAGUUUCGGGAAGAGAUAGCUGCUCGCACAAACCAGCAAGAAAAGAUCAAAUAUGUGAAGAAAAAGAACCAGGCCUGCGAGAAGAUUCCUGUUAUUGAGGCCUGAAAACAACCAGAGGAAAUACGUUCAGCUUCCAUGAUAAUAAAUGCUAAGAUUAAUUUAGUUAACCUGAAUCCAAACAGUAGGGUAUUAGAGAUCAAUAUUUCAGAUGCUACAUAUACAUAUGUUUGGAUAUGCUGUUUGUUUGUUCAUUUAUUCACUAGUGUAAGAAAAAUACAUAUUAGUAUUAGUGUUCAGUGUUAGCUCUUUAGGUCUGCAUUUCAUCCUCUUCAAGUUAGCAGGUGUAUGCAAUUUAUGUUCACUGAUUAAUGUCACUUUUCUUUUGUAGUGAGUCAUAUUUAACCUACUAUGUUACAAAAGAUUAUGUACAAUUCAAUUUACCAGAGCAUUGUUUUUGUGAUUUUAAUUUCUUCUUUGUGUAUUCCAUAGCUCUAUUCUGCUUUUAUUAUUGCUGGUUACAGUUA